CCGGGCGGCGGGAGAGCGGCGCUGAGGCGGGCGGGCAGCGCCCUGCGCACACGGUCCCGGGGCCGCGCGGAGCUCGGGGGUGCCCAUGCGGUGCCGGGCGGAGGCGAGCGGAGCCGGGCGCGCUCCAGCCAUGCAUCCCUGCGCGCCCGCGGGCACAUGGGGCAGCGCUUGAACCGCUGCCUCGAUGUCCCCGUGGCGCUGCCGCCGCUGAGGCGGAGGCUGCUGCUGCUCUUCAUCAUGCUCUUCCUCUGGCUCUACAUGUUCUACUCCUGCGCCGGCUCCUGCGCCGGGCUGGCCGCCCGCGGCUCCCCCGCGCCGCCCCGCGCCGCCCCGCCGCUGCUGGGGGAGCCGGGCGAGGAGAGCAGCCUGGAGGAGCAGCGGGCAGCGCCCGACGCCGCCGGCCCCAUCUCCAGCUUCUUCAACGGCUCCGGCACCAAGCGGCUGCCGCAGGCCAUCAUCAUCGGCGUGAAGAAGGGGGGGACGCGGGCGCUGCUGGAGUUCCUGCGGGUGCACCCCGACGUCCGCGCCGUCGGCGCCGAGCCCCACUUCUUCGACCGCAACUACGAGCGGGGACUCGCCUGGUACAGGGACCUCAUGCCCAGGACGCUGGAGGGGCAGAUCACCAUGGAGAAGACCCCCAGCUACUUUGUCACCAAGGAGGCCCCAGCGCGCAUCUCCUCCAUGUCCAAGGGCACGAAGCUCAUCGUGGUGGUGCGGGACCCCGUGACCAGAGCCAUCUCGGACUACACGCAGACGCUCUCCAAGAAGCCCGACAUCCCCACCUUUGAGAGCCUGACCUUCAAAAACAGGACUACGGGCCUGAUCGACACCUCGUGGAGCGCCAUCCAGAUUGGCAUCUACGCCAAGCACCUGGAGAACUGGCUCCUCUACUUCCCCAUCGGGCAGAUCCUCUUUGUGAGCGGGGAGAGGCUCAUCAGCGACCCUGCGGGGGAGCUAGGCCGGGUCCAGGACUUUCUGGGCCUCAAGAGGAUCAUCACCGACAAACACUUCUACUUCAACAAAACCAAGGGCUUCCCGUGCCUGAAGAAGGCGGAAGGCAGCAGCAAACCCCACUGCCUGGGCAAGACAAAAGGCAGGACCCACCCCGACAUAGACCAGGAGGUGGUGCAGAGAUUGCGGGACUUCUACCGGCCCUUCAACAUGAAGUUCUACCAGAUGACGGGGCAGGACUUCGGCUGGGACUGAGCCUGGCGUGGGAAAAAUCCCCUGUAAUGACUUGCCCAGCACGGUUUGCGUAUAUAAAGAGAUAUAUAUGUAUGUAAAAUGUACAGAAAUCUAUUUUAUAAUAAUUUAUUUUUAAUUCCUAAGCAAUUAAUUCACUAAGCUGCCUAACCGCACUGGCUAGAACGGUAGCCCGUAACCUGUUUAACAUUCCACGGUGUUUAAUUCUAAUUUGUCUCUCCUGAUUUUCUCUUCCCCCUCUUCUGUUUUCUCCUCUUUCUCGGUUUGUAACAGACGGUGCUUCCAUUUUUCCUAAAGAAAGUUUGUAUUUAAGAGCAUCAACAAGAGCGAGGGUGGGACAAGGGAGGGACAGGGAGGGAAAGCACAAGGUUAUUUUUGUUACGGGUACCUGGCCUUUAUAAACACUUGCUUUCCCUAUUCCAGUGUCCCAGUCUCUGCUCCGGUGUUGUGCUCCCUCGGCCCACAGCUUCCUGGUUAGUCCCACAGCCCCAGGGGGGUUUCUCUGGGAUUGGGCAUCUCCCUGCAACCCACAUACCUCUGCUGAGCACCAGCAGCGUGUUUUACCAGUGGCUGUGCAGCACAGGGAAUCCCAAGCCAUACAGCUCCUGCUCCGCAGCCUAAGGCUCUGCUGGGAGGGUAAAGAGCCCUGGGGAAGCCACAGAGCCUGUGGCAUGGGCAGAGCUGUCUCCUCUGUACACUUUCCCUCCUUGCCUUUAGUCAGGGAGGCUCUUUCCCACGAUCCCUCUAUGCAUUUUGAGUCGUUACUG